AACUCGCCUCUUCAAGAGAACUUUAUCGUGCGAAGUAGACCGAACGUGAAAUAUUUUCUGGGCAACCAUCUUUGAAUUAAACUAGAGAAGUGUUAAGUUGGUUAAAAAAUCAUCAUCAAAUUAGGAAAAAUGUCGAUGUUAUCUGCACGUUUGGCCUCAUCUGUGGCUCGCAACCUUCCAAAGGCUGCCACACAGGCUGCCUGCAAAGCUGCCUACCCAGCUGCUUCUCUAGCUGCCCGUAAGUUGCAUGUCUCAUCACAGGUGCGCAGCGCCGAGAUCUCUACCAUCUUGGAAGAAAGAAUCUUGGGCGUUGCCCCCAAGGCCGAUUUGGAAGAAACUGGCCGUGUAUUGAGCAUUGGUGAUGGUAUUGCUCGUGUCUACGGUUUGAACAACAUCCAAGCCGAGGAGAUGGUGGAAUUCUCUUCAGGAUUGAAGGGUAUGGCUUUGAAUUUGGAACCCGAUAACGUCGGUGUUGUCGUCUUCGGUAACGACAAACUGAUCAAACAGGGUGAUAUUGUCAAGCGUACCGGUGCUAUUGUCGACGUUCCAGUCGGUGAUGAGCUUUUGGGUCGUGUCGUUGAUGCUUUGGGUAACGCUAUUGAUGGUAAGGGUGCCAUCAACACCAAGGAUCGUUUCCGUGUCGGAAUCAAGGCCCCUGGUAUCAUUCCACGUGUGUCUGUGCGCGAACCUAUGCAGACUGGUAUUAAGGCCGUCGAUUCCUUGGUACCCAUUGGUCGUGGUCAACGUGAAUUGAUCAUCGGUGACAGGCAGACAGGUAAAACCGCUUUGGCCAUUGACACCAUCAUCAACCAGAAGCGUUUCAACGACGGACAAGAUGAUUCCAAGAAAUUGUUCUGCAUCUACGUUGCUAUCGGUCAGAAGCGUUCCACUGUCGCCCAGAUUGUCAAGCGUUUGACUGACUCCGGAGCCAUGGGCUACUCCGUCAUUGUGUCAGCCACUGCCUCAGAUGCUGCCCCUCUGCAAUACUUGGCCCCAUACUCUGGCUGCGCCAUGGGUGAAUACUUCCGUGACAAGGGCAAGCACGCCUUGAUCAUCUACGACGAUUUGUCCAAACAGGCUGUUGCCUACCGUCAAAUGUCCCUGUUGCUUCGUCGUCCCCCAGGUCGUGAAGCCUACCCUGGUGAUGUAUUCUACUUGCAUUCACGUUUGUUGGAACGUGCCGCCAAGAUGUCCCCAGCCAUGGGUGGUGGUUCAUUGACUGCCCUGCCCGUUAUUGAGACCCAAGCCGGUGAUGUGUCCGCUUACAUUCCAACCAAUGUCAUCUCAAUCACAGACGGACAGAUCUUCUUGGAAACCGAAUUGUUCUACAAGGGUAUCCGACCAGCCAUUAACGUCGGUUUGUCUGUAUCCCGUGUCGGUUCAGCUGCCCAGACCAAGGCCAUGAAGCAGGUCGCCGGUUCCAUGAAGUUGGAGUUGGCCCAAUACCGUGAGGUCGCUGCCUUCGCCCAGUUCGGUUCAGAUUUGGAUGCUGCCACUCAACAAUUGUUGAACCGUGGUGUUCGUCUUACUGAAUUGUUGAAACAAGGCCAAUACGUGCCAAUGUCCAUUGAAGAUCAAGUUGCUGUCAUUUACUGCGGUGUCCGUGGUCAUUUGGACAAAAUGGAUCCCUCAAAGAUCACCAAGUUCGAGAAAGAAUUCUUGCAACACAUCAAGACCAGCGAACAGAGCCUGCUCAACCAAAUCGCCACUGAAGGACAAAUCUCCCCAACUGUCGAUGCCAAGCUCAAGGAAAUCGUGUCCAAAUUCUUGUCCACUUUCCAAGCUUAAAUUCUAAAUUGUUGAUAAAUCCACCAUAAUGCAUUAGUAUUCCACAAAACAAUAAACAUCUUGAUAAAAGAAUCUAAUUGCAACCUCACCAACAUCAAUAUGUGAGAGAGAAGAAGAAAAAAAUUAAUUAAUAAGAGUACGAUAUAAAAAAAAGUUGAAAACAAAACAAAUAAAAAAGAAAAAAACUGUAAACGAUAUGUGCGAAUCAUUUUAGAGAAAACAAAAAAAAAAAUUAUAAUAAUAAUCUAGGUAUGCGCUUAGCUCUUUAUUCAGUUCCGAUAUACCACGCGAGA